CCAUAGCUCACGAGCUCCGGCCUCACGGAAGCAUUGAUCUCUUUCUGAAUUAGGACUCAACCACCGCCGUCGCCGGCGCCGGCGCCACCGCGCUGCAGUGACUUUCCGAUGCCAUUCUCCGCCCGACGCGGAGGAGGCGGGUGGCCUCACUCUCUUCUCCCCACUACCACUAAGCCUUCCCCGAAACAUCCUCGUAAGUACCGCAAACGCGCCCUUAUCAGAGACUUCAUACUCUCCAAUUUCUUCACCAUCGGCAUCUUAUUCUCUCUCAUCUUCUUCAUUCUGAUCGUCUACAAGUACGGCGUCCCCAAGCCGCUCCUCUCUUCCCAAUUCCGUUCCGCCCGAUCCCGCUUUCAUCGGGCGCGGAAAACCGUUCACCGGGAAUCCCCAACAAACGGCGCCGUUUUGGAAGCGUUCGUGGAUAUAACAACCAAGGGACUUUACGAUAAGAUUCAGUUCAUUGAUGAGGACGGCGGGGCUUGGAAACAGGGAUGGAAUGUGAGUUACGUAGGAGACGAAUGGGAGUCGGAGAAAUUAAAGGUUUUCGUGGUUCCACAUUCGCAUAAUGAUCCCGGCUGGAUCUUCACAGUCGAAGAGUACUAUGAUCGACAAUCCAGGCUUAUCCUCGACACCAUUGUUGAAACACUUUCAAAGGAUGUUCGUCGCAAGUUUAUAUGGGAAGAGAUGUCUUAUUUGGAGAGAUGGUGGCGGGAUACCUCGCCGGAGAGUAAAGAGGCCUUCAUCAACUUGGUGAAUAAUGGGCAGUUAGAAAUCGUUGGAGGUGGUUGGGUGAUGAAUGAUGAGGCUAACUCGCAUUAUUUUGCAAUUAUAGAACAGGUGACUGAGGGAAAUAUGUGGUUGAAUGAAACUGUUGGUGUAAUUCCUAAAAACUCAUGGGUUAUAGAUCCAUUUGGGUAUUCUGCAACAAUGGCUUAUCUUUAUCGCCGUAUGGGUUUUGAGAAUAUGCUUAUACAGAGGACACAUUAUGAGUUGAAGAAGGAACUGGCUUUGCAUAAGAACUUAGAAUAUGUGUGGCGACAAAGCUGGGAUGCUGAAGAAACAACUGACAUUUUUGUCCACAUGAUGCCCUUCUAUUCAUAUGACAUUCCACAUACCUGUGGUCCUGAGCCUGCAAUCUGUUGUCAGUUUGAUUUUGCAAGAAUGGAUAUGUACGAUCGCUGCCCUUGGGGCGAAAAACCAGUGGAGACAAUCCAGGAAAAUGUUAAGGAAAGGGCACUUAUGCUGUUGGAUCAAUACAGAAAGAAGUCGACACUGUAUAGAACAAAUACGCUUCUUGUUCCUCUUGGAGAUGAUUUUCGCUAUGUUAGCAGUGAUGAAGCUGAAGUUCAGUUCAGGAACUAUCAACUUCUGUUUGACUAUAUCAAUGCUAAUCCUGACUUGAAUGCUGAAGCUAAAUUUGGCACUCUUGAAGAUUAUUUCCAGGCGCUGAGAGAGGAAGUCAUCAGGGUAAACUAUUCUCGUCCAAAUGAGAUUGGCUCUGGUGAGAUUGGAGGCUUUCCUUCUCUCUCAGGCGAUUUCUUUACUUACGCUGACAGGAACCAGGAUUACUGGAGUGGCUAUUAUGUUUCUCGCCCUUUCUUCAAGGCUGUUGAUCGUGUACUGGAGCAAACCUUGCGCGGUGCUGAAAUGAUGCUAGUUUUCCUUCUAGGACAGUGCCAGAGACCAACUUGUGAGAAGUUGCCGACUGGAUUUGGCUACAAGUUGACAGCUGCGAGAAGAAACCUGGCACUGUUUCAGCAUCACGAUGGGGUGACUGGUACUGCCAAGGAUCAUGUGGUUCAGGACUAUGGAAUGCGAAUGCAUAUGGCCUUGGAAGACCUUCAAAUCUUCAUGUCCAAAGCUAUCGAGGUCCUGAUUGGGAUUCGCAACGAAAAAGAUGAUCAGACUCCAUCUGAGUUUGAGCCAGCAGAGCUUAGAUCCAAAUAUGAUGCUCAGCCAGUACACAAAACAAUAGCUGCCAUGGAAGAAACCCUGCAGAGUUUGGUCAUUUUUAACCCACUAGAACAGACAAGAGAUGAAGUUGUGACAGUGAUUGUUGGCAGGCCAGAUGUGGUGAUUUUGGACUUAAACUGGACAUGUGUGGAAAGCCAGAUAUCUCCUGAAUUACACCUCGAUAAAGGUAAAAUUUUCACUGGAAGACAUCACGUCUACUGGAGAGCUUCAGUUCCUCCAAUGGGGUUGCAGACUUAUUACAUUGCUAAUGGAUUUCCUACCUGCGAAAAGGCAAAACCAGCACACUUAAAAAUGUUCAUGCCUGGUAAAAUUGCUUGCCCUGCACCCUACACUUGCUCAAAAGCAAAAGGAAACGAAGCAACAAUUCAAAAUCAGCAUCAAACACUUACUUUCAACUUGAAGUCUGGGCUGUUGCAGAAAGUAAACUCAAAUGUAGUUGGUGAAGAAAUAAGCAUAUACUCCAGCAAAGAAAGUGGAGCAUAUAUAUUCAAACCAGAUGGUGAUGCUGAGCCUAUUUCACUGUCUGGUGGAGUGAUGGUUAUUGCCGAUGGCGAAUUGGUGAAGGAAGCACACUCUUUCCCAAAGACGCCAUGGCAGAAACCUCCGGUUUCCCAUAGCACCCGAAUCUAUAACUGUGACGGUUGCUUACAGGACUACAUUGUUGAGAAGGAGUACCAUGUUGAGCUUAUUGGACGCAACUUCAACAACAAAGAAUUGAUAACUAGAUUCAAGACAGAUAUUGACAACAAAAGGAUAUUCUAUUCUGAUUUGAAUGGAUUCCAAAUGAGCCGCAGGGAAACCUAUGACAAGAUUCCUGUUCAGGGAAACUAUUAUCCAAUGCCCUCUCUUGCAUUCAUGCAGGGAUCAAACGGCCAACGCUUCUCAGUCCACACCCGCCAGUCACUGGGCGCUGCAAGCCUGAAAGAUGGAUGGUUGGAGAUCAUGCUUGACCGGAGGUUGUUGAGAGACGACGGGAGGGGUCUUGGUCAGGGAGUGCUGGAUAACCGGAGGAUGAACGUCGUCUUCCAUGUUCUUCUUGAGUCCAACGUUUCAACCGUUGCAGAUUCUGUUACGAUUUCUAACCCGCUUAGCCCCUCUCUUUUAUCUCAUUCGAUUGGUGCCCGCUUAAACCAUCCCCUCAACAUAUUUGUAGCUAAGAAAGCUGAAAGAAUCUCUGUGCAGCCACCACCGCGGUCCUUCUCUCCAAUGGCAGCUUCUUUGCCCUGUGACUUGCAUAUUGUGAGCUUCAAGGCGCCACGGCCCAUGAGAAAUUCCCAGGAUCCCCGUGAAGAUCCCAGGUUUGUUCUUGUUUUCCAGCGCCGACACUGGGAUUCCUCGUACUGUCAGAAAGGCAGAUCGAACUGUUCAAGUGUAGCUGACGUGCAGGUUAAUCUGUUUGGAAUGUUCAACGACCUUGAUGUCUUGAACCCAAAACCUACGUCUUUGAAUCUCUUGCAUGAAGACACCGAGAUGCUUGGCUAUGGCAGUCAUUUCAGAGAUGGCGCCAGGGAAGGGCAUAUACUCCUUUCUCCCAUGGAAAUUCAGGCUUAUAAGUUGGACCUACGGCCCCACCAACUAUGAAAUCAUUUUAUUUUUCUUCUUGAAAAACUUCUUAUUUUCUUGAUUAAUUUUAAAACUAAUUUUCAGUUCAAAUAGUGGGAACAACAUUCACAGAAUAGAUUAUUA